AUGUCAUGCCAAGAAAUGGAGAUAUAUGAAACAUAUAUUUCAACUUUAACGGCUUAUCCGACUACGUUACUCGGAAUCAUGUUUCAAGAGCGGAACAAAGCAUUACUCAAACCGACUGAUGAUAAUGAAUAUUUUAUUGAUCGAGAUGAUCCAGCUGUAACUCGUCGAGAUUUAGAAGAUGAAUGUGAUUAUUUCCAGAUCUCACAGAAUGCACUUAUAACUGCUCCAGUUGUAUCAUCACAUCAAAUAUCUCCGAUUCGUAAAUUAGUUGCUGACAAACUUGACGAUUUCGUCAAAACUCUUGAAACAAUAGUGACUAAUAUUGCUAUUACAAUGUUGAAACAUCAUUUUAGAGGUUUUAGUUCUACUGUAACCAUGACAUUUGCUCAAGAAAGUUAUAUAGGUGGCAUAACGUCAAUAGUCGUCAAACCAAAAACUGAUGCACUAACUAGAUCAACAUGGAAAGCAAUGUCGCAUCAUGGUACAAUGGGAUAUUUUAUUUUGGAUCAAUUUGGAGAGAAUAUUGGAAAUUAUUUGUCUAAUUUGAUCCCCGAAGUUAGUUGGGAAUUGAAUCAUAAGAUUUAUGGGGUUAGAGAAAGAUUUUAUGACUUUAUUUUGAUCAUUGAUUACGAUUUUAACAGAGAAAGAACUCUAGCAGAUUCUUGCUUAGCUAACAGAAAUUCAAUUAACCGCAAUUCAUCCAGAUUAUGUUGA